UCUCAUAUAUCACAAACGCCUAAAACCUCUGGAGCUCUACUGUGGUUUUUUCUUUACAAUCUUCUUGGUGGCUAAAUCCCGGGGACCAUGACGACCCGAAUAGCGCCGGGUGUGGGUGCAAAUCUUCUGGGUCAACACUCCGCCGAGCGCAACCAGGACGCCACCGUCUACGUCGGCAAUCUCGACGCAAAAGUUAGUGAAGAGUUAUUGUGGGAGCUCUUUGUGCAAGCAGGUCCGGUUGUCAAUGUAUAUGUUCCUAAAGACCGAGUCACGAAUGCUCAUCAAGGCUAUGGCUUUGUGGAGUUCAGGAGCGAAGAAGAUGCUGAUUACGCAAUUAAGGUGUUAAAUAUGAUUAAACUGUAUGGGAAGGCAAUACGAGUGAAUAAGGCAUCACAAGAUAAAAAAAGUGUCGAUGUGGGAGCUAACCUUUUUAUUGGGAAUCUUGAUCCGGAUGUUGAUGAGAAGCUCCUCUAUGACACUUUCAGUGCAUUUGGUGUCAUUGUUACAAAUCCAAAGAUAAUGAGAGAUCCAGAGACUGGAAAUUCACGUGGUUUUGGUUUUAUUAGUUAUGAUUCCUUUGAGGCUUCUGAUGCUGCUAUUGAGACAAUGAAUGGCCAGUAUCUCUGCAAUCGUCAGAUUACAGUGUCUUAUGCAUACAAGAAAGACACAAAAGGAGAACGCCAUGGGACUCCUGCAGAAAGAGUACUGGCGGCAAGUAAUCCAGCUACACAGAAAAAUAGGCCUCAUACUAUGUUUGCAAGUGGACCUCCAACACUUCCUCCGCAGCCAAACGGUACAGUCAAUGCUCCAGCACCACCGAGGCCCUUUGCAAACGGCUCCGUUCCUCCAGCGCCUAUUCCAGCACUUCGGCCACCUCCUCCACAGCCUCCCCAGCCCAUUUAUCCUCCGGCACAGAUGCCUGCACAAUCUUGGCAAGGCCAGCCACCUCAACCUGGUUCUACUGGUAUUCCUCCGCCGAUGCAGCAGUUCAGGAGCAUGCCGCCACCCCCUCCUCCCCAAGUUUCUCCAGCUCUUGUGAGACCACCACCACCUCCUGCGGGACUUGUUGCUCCACCUGUUUGGCGGCCACCACCGCCUCCUCAGCAGCUCACUGGUGGACCACAUUCUAUGCCACAUAUGUCGAUGGCCCCACCUCAACAACUAAGCAUCCCUCCACCACCGCCACCCCAGUAACAGUAUGGUUAUCAAUUAGUUGCUUAGCUUUGGAUCCUUUACUCUUCCAUUGUAAAAUGGUUUCCAUCAUUAUUCAAACUUUUGCUAAAAUCUAUACAGGAGAUACUGUUGUUGGUCCGUCCUUACCAAAUCCGGAGUAUUUUUCUUCACUAUUUUCUGCCUUUUCCUUUUAUUAGUCUUUAUGUCCAAAUGCAUUACCAUCACAGUAUUCCACUUGUGCAUUAUGCAGCACAUACUUUAAUCCAAGAAAGUUAAGUUUUUUGUUGGA